AUGUUUGGUCGGAAGGACAAGUUGAGCCCUAGGUUUAUUAGGCCUUACCGCAUACUGAAACAUGUGGGGCUGGCUGCAUAUCAGUUAGAGUUAUCGCCAGAGUUGGACCAGAUUCAUGAUGUCUUCCAUGUCUCUAUGUUGAGGUGCUACCGCUCUGAUCCUGUGCAUGUAAUCUUGAUUGAGGAAAUUGAGGUUAGGCUAGACCUGACUUUUGAAGAAGAACCAGUUCAAAUAUUAGAGCGUGAUGUAAAGGUUUUGAGGAGGAAGUCUAUUCCACUGGUUAAGCUACUUUGGCAUAAUCACAGUUCUGAGGAGGCCACGUAG